GGCAAGGCACAUGGCAGGCAAUCGGGCCAACAUGGGGAAGAUUAUCUUCUAUGAGGACAAAAACUUCUCUGGGCGCCAUUUUGAGUGCAGCAGUGACUGUGCAGACCUGAUGUGUCUCAUCAAACGCUGCAACUCCAUCAAGGUGGAGGGUGGCUGUUUCAUGAUCUACGAGAAACCCAACUACACUGGGAACCAGUACUACCUGAGGAGAGGAGACUAUCCUGACUUUUAUCACUGGAUGGGUGCCAACGACUCGGUCUGCUCCUGUCGCCUCAUCGCCAUGAAACCUGGGUCAUUCAACAUGCGCCUGUAUGAGCGCCUUGAGUUUGGAGGCCAGAUGAUGGACCUGAUGGAGGACUGUCCCAGUGUCAUGGACCGCUUCCACGUAAAUGACAUCUUCUCCUGCAACGUGACCGAGGGCAACUGGCUCUUCUAUGAGCAGCCGAACUACCGGGGCAGGAUGUACCUGAUCAGGCCCGGAGAGUACAAGAGGUUUAGCGAGUGGGGUGGCAGGAGCGCUAGGGUCGGCUCCAUCAGACGCAUCCUGGACUAUUGAACUGUUUUGGGGGAUCCCACAGCUGAAUGGAGGUUUUGGGAAGGCUUCAUGCUCAGAUAAGGACCUACGAGACUAUAGAAAGUACAACAUACUGUAAGAGACGCUCAGUUUGACUGUUCUUGGGUAAAAUUUGGUCAUUUUUCUUCAAGGAUUGGGACAAAACUUGAAAAACAAAUGGUUAUAAGAAAGGUCUGAUUUUAGGAUGGAUUCAAAAUUAUUGCUAAUCACCAACCACACAUCAAGAACACCAACAACACUUUUGGACCUGCUGUUGAUCAAACACUCACCAUCGUAAUAAAGUAAUUGCAAAAUGGAGUCUUAAAUGUCCAUUCAGUUGUGGGCAGGGCCUUUAGACAUUUGCAUGAGUUGUGAACACUGUAAAC